AACUGCUUUACCUCAGAGUAACAGCUAAGCAUCUACAUACACGAAAAACGCGAUACACUAAAAUUUACUUGCAAAAUAUCUACAGAAAGUCAACCUCCUCACCAGUGACCGUCCGUGACCCUGUCCCCACUUCACCAUCUGUCCUUUGGACGCUGUUGUCUUGCUGCUUUAUAAACUCCACCCACUGACAGGUGGCUGUAACGAGCUCAUCACUGUUAUUCACUUCACCUGUCAGUGGCUGUAAUGUUUUACCUGAUCGGUGGAAAUGUCAUUGGUCAGAAUUCCUAUGGUAACUGAGCUGUAACCAGGUGCCAGCCUGAGCUUGAGCAGAAAACCCGCAGCGCUUUUCUUAUUGCGCUUCUGUGAUGGAAACGGCCACCGAGGGAAUGGAAUCUGCGAGGCAGCAGGCAGAAAAGAGCAAUCUAAGUCGUACCCCUGGCACUACAAACUCCAAGCCAAAGACAACACCACCAGCUGAGCCUCAACUCUAAGCGGACAGAGGAUGGCAGGCAGUGCAAGAAGGAACACAGGGAUGGGAAAAGGACUGAGGUUGUAUGUAAGGCUGAUGGCAAUGAGUGUGUUUCUGGGAGCUGAUCUGAUCUCGCUGGGCCUUAAAGCUGGCACUGGGGUCAGUGCCCAGAACGAGAGAAGGGUUCUGGCACAUAUUCCUGGUGACAUAAUCAUAGGAGCACUGUUCUCUGUCCACCACCAGCCACCUGCACACAAGGUCCACGAGAGAAAGUGUGGUGCCAUACGUGAGCAGUAUGGGAUCCAGAGAGUAGAGGCCAUGAUGCACACUCUGGAUCGAAUUAACGCAGACCCUGCUAUCCUGCCGAAUAUCACUCUGGGCUGUGAGAUAAGGGACUCAUGCUGGCACUCUGCAGUGGCACUUGAGCAGAGCAUUGAGUUCAUUCGGGACACACUGGUGUCCAGCGAAGAGGAGGAAAGCCAGGCCAGGUGUACUGCAGAGGCAGGGAGCUUGCUGCUUCAGGGGAAGAAGCCCAUUGUGGGUCUGAUUGGACCAGGAUCCAGCUCUGUGGCCAUCCAGGUGCAAAAUCUCCUCCAGCUCUUCAACAUCCCACAGAUAGCCUACUCAGCCACUAGCAUGGACCUCAGUGACAAGAGCUUGUACAAAUAUUUUAUGAGGGUAGUGCCAUCAGACAUGCAACAGGCCAGAGCCAUGGUGGACAUUGUCAAGAGAUACAACUGGAGCUAUGUGUCUGCAAUACACACAGAGGGUAAUUAUGGUGAGAGCGGUAUGGAGGCAUUUAAAGACAUGGCAGCAAAGGAGGGAAUCUGCAUCGCCCACUCCGAUAAAAUAUACAGCAACGCAGGGGAACCGAGCUUUGAUAAGCUACUGCAGAAAUUACGAGGCCACCUGCCGAAAGCCAGGGUGGUGGCCUGCUUUUGCGAGGGUAUGACGGUCCGAGGCAUGUUGAUGGCCAUGAGACGACAACGCAUGGUGGGAGAGUUUCUGCUGGUUGGAAGAUGUCCAGCAUCACCAGACAGGAUGUGUUUGUUGUCACUGGGGUCAUCAUUGUCCUCUCAUCAUCAUCCUUAUCAUCCUCUUCAUCACAUCCAUCAACAUCUAGGAAACCAAAGUGAUGGCUGGGCAGACAGGUAUGAUGUGACUGAUGGCUACCAGAAGGAGGCAGAAGGUGGAAUCACUAUAAAGCUAAAGUCAGCACAUGUGACCUGGUUUGAUGAUUAUUACCUGAACCUAAAGCCUGAUGCAAACCUGAGAAACCCCUGGUUCCCUGAGUUCUGGCAGCACCGCUUUCAGUGCAAGUUGAGAGGACAUCCGCAGGAGAAUACCAUUUACAACCGCACCUGCUCCUGGAGAGAGUCUCUGCGUCAUCAGUAUGCACAAGACACCAAGAUGGGCUUUGUCAUAAAUGCCAUCUAUUCCAUGGCUUAUGGCUUACAUGCCAUGCAGCAAGCCCUCUGUCCAGGAUAUAAGGGUUUAUGUGAGGCCAUGCGGCCCAUUGAUGGCCGCAAGCUACUGGAUUUCCUGAUGAAAACCAACUUUACUGGUGUAUCUGGGGAGAUCAUCCACUUUGACCAGAAUGGGGACUCACCUGGCAGGUAUGAAAUCAUGAACUUCAAGCACAUAGGCGAGGAUGAAUAUGCUUACAUCCAUGUGGGAAGCUGGGAUCAGGGUGGCCUAAAGAUGAAUGAUGAGGAAAUCUGGAGUAACAGCAGUGAAAUCAUCCAGUCAGUCUGUUCUGCACCCUGCCAGAAGGCACAGAUCAAGGUGAUCCGUAAAGGAGAGGUGAGCUGCUGUUGGACCUGCACUCCCUGCAAAGACAAUGAGUUUGUGUUUGAUGAAUACACUUGUCGAGCCUGUAUCCUGGGCUCCUGGCCUACAGAUGACCUUACUGGUUGUGAGCCAAUACCAGUGCAGUAUGUGCGCUGGGGGGAUCCAGAGCCCAUCGCUGCAGUGGUCUUUGCCUGUCUGGGUCUCAUGGCUACACUUUUUGUUACUUCUGUCUUUAUCAAAUUCUGGGACACUCCUGUGGUCAAAUCAUCCAGUCGUGAGCUCUGCUACAUCAUCCUGGCUGGAAUAUGUCUGGGCUACCUGUGCACUUUCAGCCUUAUCGCCAAGCCCCACAUAAUCUACUGCUACCUCCAGCGGCUGGGAAUUGGGUUAUCCCCUGCUAUGAGUUAUUCUGCUCUGGUUACCAAGACCAACCGUAUAGCACGGAUCCUGGCAGGCAGCAAGAAGAAGAUCUGCACCAAGAAACCUCGCUUUAUGUCCGCCUGCGCACAAUUGGUCAUCGCUUUCCUACUCAUAUUGCUGCAGCUGGGGAUUAUUGUGGCACUUCUUAUCAUAGAGCCACCACAGGUGAUCUAUGAUUACCCCAGUAUCCGUGAGGUACACUUCAUCUGUAAUCUGACCACUAUGGGGGUGGUGGCACCACUGGGCUACAAUGGCCUGCUAAUCCUCAGCUGUACCUUCUACGCCUUCAAGACUCGCAAUGUUCCAGCUAAUUUUAACGAGGCCAAGUAUAUUGCCUUUACCAUGUACACCACCUGUAUCAUCUGGCUGGCCUUUGUUCCUAUUUACUUUGGCUCCAACUACAAGAUCAUAACCAUGUGCUUUAGUGUCAGCCUCAGUGCCACAGUGGCCCUCUGCUGCAUGUUUGUCCCCAAGGUCUACAUCAUGCUUGCCAAGCCUGAGAAAAAUGUCCGUAGUGCUUUCACAACAUCAACCGUGGUGCGCAUGCAUGUAGGUGAUGCCAAGAAAGCUGCCAAAUCUGGCAAGUCCUCUAGCAGCAUGGCCAACUUGUUUCGACGACGUGGUUCUGCACAGGACACCAUCAGUUCCAAUGGGAAAUCUGUGUCUUGGGUACAGAAUGAGCACAGCUACAGACCAAAUCUAUGGAAAAGGAUGUCAUUCCAUGUCAAGAAAAAGGACUCAGUGGAGGCAAACCAGACAGCAAUCAUCAAACCCUUCUCUAAAGAAGACACACCUGCAGACACCAGUGUCAAAAAGCAGUAUGAAGAGCCACAAGUGUUUCAGCCCUUCACCUGUUCGCCAUCUCAGUCACCUCUGCUCACCAUCAGCCAGCAUGCAGUGAAGGCAAGGGGUCUCCAAGGAGAAGGGGAUGGAGAGGAGAUGCAGGCUUUGCCCACCUAUGUACCUGAUCGCCUUGCUGGGGUCAGAAGAAGAGGUGGGGACAGCAGCCAGGGUAUGGCUAUAGUGGAUGGUGGAGACAUUAGCAUCACAGGUGUGGGUGACAUUGGGAUAGGAAUGAUUGGCAGCCAAACUCAGGGCACCACCAUCAUGGAGCAAAUCAGUUGUGUGGUUAACCGUUUCACUGCCAACAUCAGUGAGCUCAACACCAUGAUGCUGCCAGGGGGAGCCACCGUCAGCACCAUCUCCACAGCUGCUCUGCCUGCAGCUACAGACACUGCCGCCUGCCCUCCUCAGCACCUCGCAUCCAGAAGCAGACAAGCCCCCUCCACGGUCACCACAUAUGCUGAGGUUGUGGCUGUGUCCAGUUUCUGUGAGAAUUGUCCCACAGGUAAGAUUUACAAGCACCUGCCUGGGACUUGUAUGAGUAGCACACGAGCCAAGGGUAUGGACGAAAUGGUGUCUCUGACACCUCCUUCCCCGUUUCGAGACUCAUCCCUGAGCUCCGAUGGCAGUUCACCCCCAUCGCUGUCCCCAGCAUCUGAAGCUGAAUAUGACCAGCUGCUGUUGAGACACUUCAGCCAGAGCUCCUCCUCUCUCUAAACCUGCUUUCUCUCCAUGUUUAUCCUAUUUUUAUCCUUAUUUUAAACUCCAAAAGACAAAGCUUCAGACUGGACCAAACUCUUGGAUGCCUUUCUAAAUAUAAAUAUUUUGAAUGUUUAACCAUUUUUUAAAAUAAAUGGAUUAAAUGUACCCACACAUUUCCAGUGAGAAGGCUGGGAGAAAAAUACUCGUGGCAAAACUGCAAUACUAAAUGAUACUGAAAUUAAACUGAGCAAUGUGAGUUCUUCAUCUUUUGUUUUCAAAACUUGACAAAGUGAAACUCACAUAUGGGCAUUUUACAGACUUGUUAGUGUUGUACUGACACAGGUUUCUAACUCGCUUUUAAACUUUUCAGAUUCCAAAGAAAAUGAUUCAUUACAAUAUGGUUAUCAAUCAAAUUGGGGGAAAUAUACUAGCUAUUUAUGAUCAUUCUUUGGAUUAUGCUAAAAAUAGUUCAUAAACUGAAUUUCAAAAUGGCAAAUGAUAUUAUUAAGUGCAGGCUUGAGAACACAAAAGAUUGCUGUGUUUCACUUCUAUAUUUUGCAUCAUAUAUUAUUAUAAACACAAAGUAUGGGUUGUUUUUAUUGCUUAUAAUAUUGCUGUUGACUUUCUGUACAUGACAUGUGAUGUCUUUUAGUGAUAACAUGCCCUAAAAUACUUUGAGACUCAGCAUGAUGGUAUCCAUUCAGAAAAAAAAGCUCAGAAAACUGCCUGAAAUUCAAACAACAAACAUAUCUUUCUUUCCGAGGAAAAAGACUACAGAUGCUGCGAAAGAUAGAUACUUUAUUGAUCCUGAGGGAAAUUCAGGUAUCCAGUAGCAACAGCAAUGAUUACCAAAAUCACAGCACCCAAAGUAAAGAGAUGUAUAAAAGUGUAAGGCUAAAAAGUAUGAAAAAUAUGAGAGAGAAACGUAUUGAGUAAUGUGUGCCAAGUAUACAGUAUACAUAGGGUACACAUAAGUAAAUGUUCAUGGGGUACCUGUGUACAAUGCCAAUAUGUGCAGGACUGAACACUGUGUGCAAGGACAAGCAUUAUGUGCAAAGGAAAAAAACAAGGGUAAGCAGUGUGCAAUGCAGUAGUAUAGAGUCAUGCUAUUAUAGAGCUGAGUAGUGACAUCACAUGGCCAUGUCCAAAAGUUGGCUCAGACCUCCUCACUGGGAGGAGUUGAAAAGUCAUAUGACCCGUAUGCAAAUCAGGAAGCAGUUUAUUUUUCUUAUUAUUGGUACAGAGAUCUACUGACCUUCCCUUUUCUUGUUUAAAGAUUUUUUUCCAAACCCCUCCCAUUGUGUGAGCACUGGAGCUCCUACAGACAUUUGUAUGCUGACAUCAUCAGGUGCCUCGCCCACAGAGAGCUUAUGAACUACUUUGUUAUCAUCUUUAAUUCUUUUCACUUGAUGUGACAUAGCUGAAUCUAAGAUGACCUAUUAAUAUACGAAGUGGACCAAAGUGAUCUUCCACCUCAGGUUGUCUCUGAACCAAAAUAUUUUAGGACUUCAACUCCUACCUGCUGAAUUAGCACUGUCGUCUGCUGGCUCAAAAUGUUUACCACUUUGCAUGAUGUCAAGAUAUGUGUGCACUUUCUGAGAUAUAUUAGCAAUGAAUUUCCUUUUAAUAUUGUACCUGUCAAACCAAACAAGAUUAAAAUAUACAGUAGCAAGUUAAUGAUACUAUUCCUGAUACUGAUGUGUUUUUUAGACUAGAUUUAGGAAAGAAGUAAGCUGGAUGUGUGCAUUUUUCAGACAUCUACUGCAAAACAGCUUGUUUCCAGCCUGGCUUUCUACCUACUGUACAUAUGUGCCAGUGUUUCCCCUGCAGUAAAUGACACUGUGCUUCUGUAAAUGGGUUCAUAUUGAGAAUCCUACUGUGAGCCCAUUUCCAGUAGAUUGUAAUAUUUUAAGCAUUUCAGGAAUUUUAUGAUACUUUGACUUCAAUGAAUUACAGUGAUACUGAUUAUAUUAAUGUGGGAGCUAGCUUAUGUUUAUCAGAUGUUUCUGAACCUUUUGAACUUUUUUGUAUGUUUACACAAGCGAAAAUGUGUUCAUAGUUUUUGGAAAAUUGUGUAUCUUUUUACUAGUUUCCACUGUAAAUAUUAUUGUAGACAGUGCCAUAUUUGCAUGAUGAUUUGUACUAACUGCAAUUUGACUUUAUGCCAAUAAUUCACUGAUAUGAUAUACACAAGACGUUUGUCUUCACCUUCUCUCUUCAUCUGCUUUUCACAUAUCCAGACUUUACUGUAGGUUUGUACUGCAUUACAGGUUUCCAUGCAAAUUGCAGUAUUUA